CUCUUACUCGAAUAAAGGGCCUAUAAGGGUACCAAAAGAAACUGGAAUUGAGUGGGUUAUGAGGACACUAGGGAACCCAACUGAUUGCUAUGAUAUGUUUAGAAUGAGUAGGCCAAUGUUUGAGAAGUUACAUAAUGUGCUAGUUGAGUCUUAUGGUUUGCAAUCCACUAGAAGAAUGUCUUCAACAGAGUCUCUGGCACUAUUUUUGUGGACAGUUGGUGCCCCUCAAUCAGUUAGGCAGCAAAGAAAUAGAUUUGUCAGGUCUCUGGAGACAUGUAAUAGAAAGUUUGAGAAAGUGUUGGCAUGUUUAAUCAAUCUAGCAAAAGAUAUCAUUAGGCCAAAAGAUCCUCAAUUCACAAAUGUGCACCCAAGAUUGAAAAAUAGAAAGUUUACGCCAUUCAUGGAUAAUUGCAUAGGAGCAAUAGAUGGCACACAUAUUGAAGUUGUGGUGCCAAAUGCCACUGCUGUGCAACAUAGAAAUAGACACAAGGAGAAGAGUCAGAAUGUGAUGUGCGUAUGUGACUUUGAUAUGAGGUUCACUUUCGUCCUUGCCGGUUGGCCAGGAUCGGUUCAUGAUAUGAGGGUGUUCAAUGAUGCUCAGAGUAGACUUGGUCAUAAGUUUCCACAUCCACCACCAGAAAAGUUUUAUCUUGUGGACUCGGGAUACCCAAACAGACCGGGUUAUCUUGCACCAAUAAAGGGUAUAACAUAUCAUUUCCAAGAAUACCGUGAUGGUACAAUGCCUAUAGGAAAAAGGGAGCACUUCAAUUACUGUCAUUCUUCACUUAGAAAUGUGAUAGAGAGGUCAUUUGGAGUCUUGAAAAACAAGUGGAGGAUUUUGUUUCACCUACCAAGUUAUCCGCAACGCAAGCAAAGCAAGAUUAUUGUGGCAUGCAUGGCAGUGCAUAAUUUCAUCAGAGAAAGUAAGAUAUCAGAUAGAGAAUUUGACUUGUGCGACCAGGAUGAAAACUAUGUUCCAUUACAUGCACAAAGUUCUAAUGCCAACGCUACAGAUGAAAGAGAUAGCGCCGUGAUGAAUCAAUUCCGGGAUUGGGUCGCCGAUGGGCUGUGGAGUUUGAAAUAAAUGUAAUUUCAAUUGUCUUUUUAUCUUGUGCAAGACAUGAUUUGUACUAAUAAUUUGUACUAAUAUCAUUUGAAAUAAUCUGCAAGACAUGAUUUCAAUAAAAUGUGCAAGACAUGCAUGCAGAGCAGCCGUGCAUAUGCAUGCAGAGCAGCCAGGGCGCAGCGCAUGCAUGCCAGCCGGUGUGCUGUGCAUCCAUGCAGCGCGGCAUGGAGGGCAGUGGUUGCAUGGCAGUUAGGGGUACUUUAGUAUUUUUAGAGCUUCAUUUAAUGACUAAAAGUCCCUCUAAGUCCCUUAACCAAACAGGGUGGGGCUAAAAGUUUAAGACUAGGGACUUUUUUAAGUUCUAAGACUUUUCCUAUCCA